AUGGGGAGACCAGCGGCCAGAAGACAGAGUCGGAGGCGGAGCGCGCUGCAGCCAUGCAGGCGGCAGAGGCGGACGCAGGCGCAGGCAGGAUGGCGGGCGGCGCUGAAGGCCUGGACAGCCAGGGGGGCAGCGGGGGCAGGAGUGGCCGGGGCGGCCCUCGCAGCGGGGAUGCUGCUGCCGCUGCAAACGACGGAGCUCUGUGUGCCGCGCCGCCACAGCACUCUCCGGGGCUGGGAGGACACCCCGCGCCCACAGCCAGAAGGCCGGGAAGCCGGCCACACGUAUUGUAUCCUACCCGAGGGCGGAGUGGGGAAUGGGCUGCAGGCUGCCUGCGGUGGGAGCACCCUAAGUGUGCCUUUCCCGUCCACCUUGGAGGCAGAGAUCGCCCGUGGGUCCCUGGCCCCAGACGCCGAACUGCACCAUGGGGCUGUUGGGAAGGAGCUCACAGUAAGCGGCAGCGUCCUGGCAGUCCACUGGAGAGCUGAAGAUUCCCACCUCCUCCAAAUUUCCAUCGUCAACUUUCUUGACCAGCUUUCUCUGGUGAUACGGACCAUGCAGCGCUUUGGGCCCCCUGUUGCACGCUAA